UGAGGCUAAAUUUCCCACAAAAUCGUUCUGCAAUAGACGCCUGCGUCAUCACAUCUUCCCAAAAGGGAAUUUUAAACUAUUGCUUUAUUUUUCGUGUAAAAGGCAAAAAGUGAGCUCAGAAUGAGAGCAGUUGUGACUGCUUGCUGUUUAAGUUUUCUUCUGGGUCUAGUGGCUGUGGUUGAAGGUGAUGAAGACUACACUGAGGAUGAAGAGAUGAUCUUGUCUCUCAUUCUGCAGGAUGACAGUCAGCCUGAAGCAGACAGCGGACCCUCUGCCCAGUUUUACAGGUGCACUAAGGACGCAUGGCGCAUGCCAGGACAGUAUAUUGUGGUGAUGCGGAACGGAACGCACGUAAACCAGGUGGAGCGCACCGCGCGCAGACUCCGCGCAAAAGCAGCAAAACGCGGAUACCUGAUCGAAAUCACGCAUAGCUAUUCUGGAGUAUUCAACGGAUUUCUAGUUAAGAUGAGCAGUGAUGUUCUUCACAUGGCAGUAAAGCUGCCUCAUGUGGAAUACAUUGAAGAGGAUUCCUCUAUCUUUGCUCAGAGCAUCCCCUGGAACCUGGAGCGCAUCACUCAAAACAAGCACCAGACUGGAAAAUACUCACCACCCAAUGAUGGUGCACAGGUGGGGGUAUUUCUCAUGGACACAAGUGUUCACUUAAGUCACCGUGAGAUUGAGGGCAAAGUGAUGGUGACAGACUUCAACAGUGUGCCAGAGGAGGAUGGGGUCAGAGUUAACAGACAGGCUAGUCAGUGUGACAGUCAUGGCACACACAUAGCAGGCGUGGUAAGUGGGCGGGACUCAGGUGUGGCUCAGGGUACCAGUUUAAACAGCGUUCGAGUUUUGAACUGCCAAGGGAAGGGUACCGUGUCAGGAGCUUUGGCAGGUCUGGAGUACAUACAGUCAUCACUGACGGCCCAGCCCAUCAGCCCUGUGAUUCUGCUGCUGCCGUUUGCAGGAGGAUUUAGUCGAACUCUCAACACCGCAUGCAGAAAAAUGGUUGAAUCUGGGGCUAUAGUUAUUGCUGCAGCGGGUAACUACAAAGAUGAUGCUUGCCUAUAUUCACCAGCCUCUGAGCCUGAGGUGAUAACAGUUGGGGCUAUUAAUUUUGAUGAUCAGCCAGUGAACACGGGGACGACGGGCACUAAUGUGGGCCGCUGUGUGGAUGUUUUUGCACCUGGUGAUGACAUCAUCAGUGCGUCCAGCGACUGCCCAACCUGUUUCACCACCAAGAGUGGAACGUCACAGGCAGUUGCACAUGUUGCUGGUAUAGCAGCGGUGCUCCUCAACCUUAAUCCAAACUCCAGCUCAGCUGAGGUUCUGCAACAGCUUCUCUAUUAUUCAGUGAAAAAGGUCAUGAAUCCGGAGUCUCUACCCCAGAACCACCGUCUCACUACACCCAACAUGGUGGUCGCCCUGCCCGAUCCAACCUCAACACUUACAGGGGAGGCUCUGCUCUGUCGCUCCGUGUGGUCUGAGAGGUCUGGGGUCAUGGGUUUUGCGACAGCUGUGGCACGCUGUCGCCGCGGUGAAGAGAUGAUGAGCUGUUCCAGUUUCUCACUUAAGGGAGUACGAGCUGGAGAAAGAAUGGAAGAGAGAGAUGGAAAGAAAGAGUGUAUUGCCGUCAAUGGAAAUGGAGGGCAAGGUGUGUACGCUGUCGCUCGCUGCUGUACAGGCCAUAAUGCUCAAUGCCAGAUGAUGGAGAGUCCACAGAAAGGAGAGCGUGCAGAAUGUCUCAACGCAGAUCAUCAGCUCACAGGCUGCAGUUUUUUCUCUUCAUCCGGAGAUGUAUCGGACUCUGAUCGAUCUCUGCAUGGCAGCCGGAGGGCAUGUCCAGCUAGUAGGGGUGUGACGUCCUACGCCUCUUGCUGCCAUGCACCCUCUUUGGAGUGUCACGUGAAAGAACAUGACUCAACGGGUUUGAGCACACAGGUGGAGGUUUCAUGUGAUGAUUCAUGGACAUUAACAGGCUGUCAGGCUCUCUCACGUGGUCCUUUCAUUCACGGUGCAUACGGCCUGGGAAACACUUGCGUAGUUGUAACAUCAGGAGGGGAUAGAAGUGCUGCGUCCAUCGCCACCUGCUGCAGACACCGCCCCCUCCAGCGGGCUGAUGUCAUCACGACCUCUGAAGAGAUCUCUGACGUCUGAGGGGAUAUAUGUAUGUUUGUACCAAUUUCCUUCCUGCUGUCUGGACAUAACCAAAGACAAUUGAAAUAUAAUAUGAGGGUGUGAGGUACAGUAUAUCACAAAUGGGGAGAGUUAAGACAGGAGGGAAUACUAUAUGAUUAUUAGUCAUAAUAUAUUCCUUUGAACUAUAUACAGAAAUUAUUGAAGCGUUCGCUGUUAAGAAGGCUGUAAUACAUUGCAUUUUUUUAAAACUUCCAUUCAACCCUGUUACUAGCAUUAUUGCACAAAAAUAUAUUUUCUUGCCUAAAAGUGAAAAUACUGUUUCAUAAAUACAAACCGACAUGUUGUGGUUACAAUUACACGUUUGGCAGACAAUUUUACAGUUCAUGCAAGGCAUACAUUUUAUCAGUAUACGUUGGCCAUAUUGAGCUUAAUUGAGGCUAAAAAGUGUAAUCUUGUUAUCUAUUCUAGUGUAUCUUGCUUGAAAAUAACAAAUGAUGGUUAAAAAAAACUGCAUUAAGACAGUUCCAAGUCGUGGUAACAUGGUUGUAACAGGGUUGAAGUUACCUGCAGAUUUAUUUAGCAAGACCGUUUUCUUUGUUGCAUGCACCUGUAGAAUUAUUUUUGUAAAUAUGUUUGACAUGAUCUGUUUUAUACAAAGAAACACUUCAUCAAUCAUAAAAAAAAAACUUGAAAUUUGACACAGUAACUCGACACACAAAACCACACGGCAUGUGAAAUGUUGCGCAUUCCAGUUUUAUCCGUUUAUAUCAAAGGUUUUCGUUGUGAAACUCUGAUGUACAAAUUAAAAUGUGGUUAUAACAUG